AUGGACACAGUUGCGCUCCAGGCCAUGAUCCGGAGCUGUGGCCACGCCAAGGAUUUGGCGCAAGCGCGCCGGCUCCACGCCUUGGUCGUCCAGCAGCACCAAAAUCAAGAUCACCAGCAGCAAGUGCGCUUCCACUUGAACCUCCUCAUGGAAAUGUAUGGCAAGUGUGGAAGCGCCGACGAUGCGGCGGCCAUCUUCUCGACCCUGCCUCGCCCCAAUCUCUUCUCCUGGACAAUCCUCCUCACGGCAUUUGCCAGAAACGGGCAUGUCCUGCAGGCGCGAGAGGUGUUUGACGCAAUGCCCAGGCGCGACAUUGUGGCCUGGAACGCGCUUCUUGCAGCAUCUUCGUCUACAGAUCGCCUUGAACAAGCUGAGAAAGUUCACUCGAAAAUGCCGCAUUGGAACGCAUCUUCAUGGAAUGCCCUCGUUGCAGCAAAUGCCGAGGCUGGGCAUUUGUCUCAGGCAGCAAAGCUGCUCCACGCUAUGCCCCAGCCGAACACGAUCUCCUGGACAGUUAUGAUGGGAGCCUACGCGCGCGCCGGGAUAACGGAUCUCUCUGUGGCCAUCUUUGACGAGUGCAUUCCCUCGGGGCGCGACGUGGUGGCCUGGAACGCACUGGUAAUGGCAUAUGCCGCGGCGGGGCAAGACGGGCAUGCCGCGCGGACCUUCGGCUGCAUGCCGUGGCACGACCAGGUGGCCUGCAACGUCAUGCUGCACGCCCACUGCGCGGCGGGCAGGAUGGGCGACGCCGCGCGCUUCUUCCACACGGCCAUGCUGACGCACGACACGGUGUCGUGGAACGUGCUGCUGCACGGGUAUGUGCGGCUGGGUCAGCUGGAGGAUGCCCAGCGGGUGUUUGACGCCACGCCGCGCAAGGACGCCGCGUCAUGGACCGCCAUGCUUACCGCCUACGGCUCUGCGGGGCGCGUGGAUACCGCACGGCGUCUGUUCGACGCCAUACCGCGCGGCACGCGGACUGUCAUCACCUGGAACUCGAUGCUCGGCUUCUUUGCCGACAACGUCGCCACCUUCACGUCCUUCCGCCAGAGGAUGCCCGCUUGGGAUACAACCACUUGGAACGUCACUGUGGCUGCGCUUGCUCGCGCUGGACAGCUCCAACAAGCAAUGGAAAUGUUUGAAUCGACACCACAAAAGAACCAGCUCUCUUGGAAUGCUGUUGUUGCAGCAAAUGCCCAAGCCGGGCAUCUGAAUAAAGCCGAACAGUUUUUGGCUCUCGCCCCGGCUCCCACUACUAACACCUGGAAUGGCCUUAUUGCCGGCUAUGCCCGCCACAGCCACACCACUACCGCGUUCCACCGCUUCCGUGACAUGCUACUGUGCGGCAUACCGCCCGAUAACAUUACCUUUGUGUGCUUGCUGGUGGCAUGCAGCCACGUCGGGCUUACCGCCGCGGCAUGCCGGCUCUUCCGCUCCAUGCAAACCGACUGGCAAAUCACUCCCACGCCCGACCACCACAGCUGCAUUGUCGAUAGCAUCGCGCGAUCCGGCCAGCUUGUGCUCGCACAAGAACUUGUCGAGUCACUCCCGCAGUAUCGCCCAUCAGUCGUCUCGCUUGUAUCCGCCACGGCCAUGCAUUGUGACGACAAAGUCUUACAGGGCGUCUUGUCACGCUCCGCUUUCUCUCCUAUCUCCUAUUAUUCAACAUAUAUGUCAGUAUGA